GCGACUGCUCAGAAGUCAAAACAGUCAAAAUGGCGGCUGUGUUGUGGGAAUUAUGAGUGGAGCUUUUAUUGUCAAUGAAAAGUUUAUAAAUCAUGGUGAGCAGGUCGGUGGGAAUAAAGUUGACGGAAGUAAAAAAUAUAAUUGAUAUUGAGUUCGAGAAGGCAAGAUCAGGCGACAAAUUGAAUCUACUAACAAGUACAUUUGUCAAUCGUGUUGAAGACAUUUCAGCUAAGCAACAGGAGCUGAAAGGUUUCCUGGAGUCACUAGAAGUUCAAAUAAAAAAUCUUGGAAUACCUCAAACAGAAAGAAGGAGCACUGAUGUCAGUAUUUUAUCUGUUCAUGAGCGAUUCCCAGCAAGUAGAAAUCCACCUUGUGACUAUGAGAAAACUCCAAGUAACACAGCCAAGAAUAACGACGUUAAUAUUCAAAUUGGCGCGGGAAAAGACACUCCCAUUGUCAUUGACGACGAAGACGACCCGAAGCAGAUCGUUGAUGAACCGGAAGAGCCUGUGACUCCAAUCAAAGAUACAGUGGAACCCGUAGAAAUAUUAGAGGAACCAGGACAAGAAAUAUCGCAGCAGGAACCAAGCUCCAGUCCUAUUAUUCAUGAAGAAUCACCGACCAUUGAGCCAAAAAACGAUACUUCGGCGGUUUGUGAAGAAACCCCAGACAUUUCAACGGAGACUGGUCCUGAAUUGAGCUCGGAAACUACGCCAGGAGAAGUUGUUUUAACAGGGCCCUCAUCGUCAUCAGUUCCAGCAGCGUCUGUUCCCGAGAGUGAUGUUUCAACGGAGACAGCGUCCUCCCCCUGCACAGACGGUAGUCAAUCCAGCGUGGCGGAAGAUUCUCAAAAGAGCGAGGCAGAAAAUGUCCAUUCUCAAGAGAAAUCUUCGCAAGAACCGUCUACAUCAACUAAUGAAAGUCAGUUGAGGGAACUGGAAAGGAAAUUAGAAGUACCGGUAUCAAAGGACAAAGACGUCAAACCAACUGCUCGACCUCACAGUCCCUCUGAUUUCACGAUUGGUACAAGAGUGCUUGGCAAGAGAUCCAGUGAUAUUUGGUUUCCAGGUCAGAUCAUUAAAACCUUGAAAGAUAGGACUGGUCAGGUUAAAUACAGUGUGAAAUAUGACAAAGGCCCAAAAGGUGUAUUAUCGCUCAACCAUAUAUGUCCCGAGGAGCCUGGUGCAAUGUGUGAUAUAAGCGUUGGAAGCAGGGUUGUCGCUUUAUAUGGGAAUUUGAAUAUAUGGUACGCCGGGAUAAUUGCUGAAAUGGCUUGUCAUGGGAACAAAAAUCGACUGUUAGUUUUCUUUGAUGAUGGCUUCGCUCAAUAUUUAUCCAUAAAAAAGAUUCAUAAAGUUCAUCACAAAGGUCAAAAUGUUUGGGAAGAUGUGAUUGAAGACUCGCGUGAUUUCAUUCAAGAGUACUUGGAGGAAUAUCCAUCGCGACCUAUGUUGCAUGUAAGAGUUGGUCAGUGGAUUCGAACGGAAUGGAAAGGCCAAUGGUUAAAAGCAAGAGUGAUGAGCGUUGACGGAAGCCUCGUCAAGAUGUUAUUUCAAAUUGAUAACCGUUCAGAAUGGAUUUACCGUGGGUCGACCAGACUCGACCCUUUAUACACGGCCUUGGUAAUGGGCGAAAAAACGCGAUCGACAAAAGCAAGAUCAAGAAAACUGACCCGAAACACUUCAUCCAAAGACAAUGCGCCCUACAUUGAAUACAACAUUACAAAACCUUGCUAUGGAGUGUCACCGUAUAGUAAAACUGAUCCAAAAGGAAUACAACAAUCACAAUUAGAAGAACAACGACAGAUGACGCAAAGGCAACACGAGGGUUUGAAACAUCCGAAAUUCGAAGAUUCCAGACCGCCAGCACCUGCCACGACGAAAGUAAAACAUGAACUGAAAAGUCUUGAAAAAGCCCCUGCCGAAGUCGAAAAGGUUAAGUCACCAUCGCCUCCGACGAUUAAUGAAAAUAAACAGGUGUCCACUGAAGUAGUGACGAAAAAAGAAGUCGUAAUUCUCGAUGACGAACCUGAAGUAGAAAGUACAUAUUCAUGUAUUCAAGCAAGCACUAUGAGGAAGAAGACUGGGGCUAGUUUAGUAAACAACGUGAUCUUUAAAGCAGUCAGCCCCGUGGACACACAACCAUACCCAAUCCCACUUCGACCUUCCCCAGUACCACCGAGUACAUCCACGAUAUCAUCUCAAACGUCUUCAAUAUUACCUCAAACGUCUUCAAUAUCAUCUCAAACGUCUUCAUUGUUACCUCAAACGUCUUCAGUAUUACCUCAAACGUCUUCAAUAUCAUCUCAAACGUCUUCAUUGCUACCUCAAACGUCUUCAGUAUUACCUCAAACGUCUUCAAUAUCACCUCAAACGUCUUCAAUUUUACCUCAAACGUCUUCAAUGUUACCUCAAACGUCUUCAAUGUUACCUCAAACGUCUUCAAUGUUACCUCAAACGUCUUCAAUGUUAUCUCAAACGUCUUCAAUGUUACCUCAAACGUCUUCAAUGUUACCUCAAACGUCUUCAAUGUUACCUCAAACGUCUUCAAUGUUACCUCAAACGUCUUCAAUGUUACCUCAAACGUCUUCAAUGUUACCCCAAACGUCUUCAAUGUUACCCCAAACGUCUUCAAUGUUACCUCAAACGUCUUCAAUGUUAUCUCGCCCGAUAUUACCUAAACCUCAAUUGGUAUUACACCGACCACCCACGAUAUUACCUCGACCACCCACGAUAUUACCUCGACCACCCACGAUAUUACCUCGACCACCCACGAUACUACCUCGACCUCCCACGAUAUUACCUCGACCUCCCACGAUACAACUCCAACCAUCCUCGAUUAUACCUCAACCUGCCUCAAUAUUACCCCGACCUUCCUCGACAUCACACCAACCUCCUCUAAUAUCACCUCAACCGUCCUCAAUCUCCGGGCCUGUUCCGGUUUACACGAAAAGGGAAGCAUCGCAAGCAGAUCAUCGAUGGAAGGCUCCAUGGUUGAACCUUCAGCGUAAUCAGCGCCAUGGUUCUUCUGACAAUGUUAUACGACCAUAUGCAGUUGUUCCUACGCAGAAAUAUCACGAUGCGGCCACCAUUUUGAAAAACAAACUCGACGCAAAAAUUUUAAAGGCAGAUGACACGAAGCUGACGACCGGAAUUUUGCCGGAGAAACGCGAGAUCGCGGUGUACAAGUCGCACACAGUUGCUGUUCCACAUAAGUGUAGUUUUGCGUGCAGUCGCAGCAGCAGUAAAAUAUCUAUAGACCCGCUCGAGCACAAUCCGCUGGCCGUGCCGAUAUUGAUGGACUGGAAACGCGAAAUUGUGAAAAGACGCGGAAAGACCAACAAACGUGACGUGUAUUAUCGCACACCAUGUAAUCGCAGGCUCAGAAAUAUGACCGAGGUAAUAAGAUACCUCCAGUUGACAGGCGAGAGCAGUUUGAACGUGGAUCAUUUUACUUUUGAUUGGAGAGUGCGAACGGAUAAUGUUACACCGCCGGUUGCCGUCGUAAACGACAUUUCAAGUGGACAAGAAAAUCGUCCUCUGCCAGCUGUCAACCAAGUGGAUGGAACGUUGCCUCCCAACAUUCAGUACAUGAGCAUGAGGCAGUUCGCACCCGAAGUUGAACUAACAACCGAUCCAGGAUUCAUGGUUUGUUGUGAUUGUAAAGAUAAUUGUUCGGACGCAAAUAAAUGUGCGUGUAUCCAGUUGACACUGCAAGGUUGCAAGGCGAUGGACAUGAAAGAUUCUAGCAAGAUGACGUACCAGUACAGGAGGCUCAGAGAUUGUAUUCAGACCGGAAUUUACGAGUGCAAUUCCGAAUGUUCUUGUUCGAAGAAUUGUCUAAAUCGUGUUGUUCAGAAUGGAAUUCAGUUACGUUUAGAAGUUUUCAAGACGGAAAACAGAGGUUGGGGGUUGAGAGCAACUGAUAGCAUUCCUGCUGGAACUUUUGUAUGUACGUAUGCUGGUUAUAUAUUGAAUGAAGAACUCGCAAAUCAGGACGGCAGAAAGUAUGGUGACGAAUAUAUGGCUGAGCUAGACUACAUUGAGGUGGCUGAGAAGGCGAAAGAAGGAUACGAGUCUGACGUGUCUGACCUUGAAGAAGAUGACAAUAUUAUUGAUGAUAUGCUGCAAUCAGACGAUAACUUCUCAUAUAGCGGCAAUAGCGCCAUUGAAUCGAGGAACGAAGAUGAUGAUGAUGAGGACGAUGAUGUUGAUGAUGAUGAUGACGAGGACGAUGAUGAUGAUGAUGACGAUUAUGAGAAUAUCGAUGACGGGGAAGACGAUGGCGAUGCCCAAGGUGGUUACGCUUGUGGCUUUUAUGAGGAUAGUAGUUCAAGCAGUAAUGAUGGGAACGACAAAGAUAAGAACUUUAAUGUGCACUAUCGAAAGAAAAGGCGUAUUUCAUCGGUAGAAUCUCUUGUUGUCGAAAGAGAAACAAAAGCGAACGUGUUAUCACGUCUUGGCAGUCCAUUAAUGUGUGUUUUAGCAUUGAAAAGAAAUGAUGGUGACUUAGAGAAAACAUCGCAGUUUUUAAAAAUGCUUGCGCCAGGGAGUGAUACAUCAAUGACAAUGGUAAACUCUAAAGAAGACACAUGUCAAGCUGUCGACGAGGUUUCAGUGUCUUCCGCCGAUAACAGUUGCACCGCAGUACUCCCGUCGAAGGCUGCCUCUGACGAGUUGUCGUAUAAAAACAAUGAAAAAUUGGUGGACAAAACAAUUCCUGAAACGGCAAGCCUAACGGCAGCUGUGGAAGGGGAAGCAAAGGAUGAAAUAGACACAGAUGACAGGAAAAACAAUUAUGAAGAAGCGAAUCCAAAAGAGGGGAUUGCUGGUGAUGCGAAGGAUGAUAUUCCACAGCUACUUUCUGCCAACGAUUUACAACGGUUGGCCGCCAGUCAACCAAAAAGCCUGCAGCCUCCAGUUCUAACCCGACGUGGUACUGUUCUGGAUGAAACCAUAGAAAAACUCAAGAAGCGCGUCGUUGCUCCUGAUUCAUCUUUGCUUGGCGAUGUUGCGACGGACAAGCAGAGUUGUUCGAGCGAAAUAGACAAUGAUCCUUCUCAGACGGCGAAAUAUAUUAGUACGAGUGACAAUGCAUCUAGUUGCCAUGGUGAUAAAGAUGACGACAAGGACCUGCAUUCAGAAACUAGCUCGCCUUCGCGAAAUUCGAGUUCAUUGUCGCAGUCGACCUCGAGUCGGAGCAGUUCGCCAGCGUUCGAUCUCGUAAGAAGAUUUAAGAAAAAUAACAAGAGCGAUCAUGAUGGAAGAAUCACGUCCGAGAAAGAAGGAGAAUCCACACAGGGUCAAAAUUCUAACACGAGGUUUCUGAGAACGAGAUCACUGUUUGGGGAAGAGCAUUGUUACGUGAUAGACGCUACAUUUGGCAACUGUGGAAGAUUCCUUAAUCACUCCUGUUCACCGAAUUUGUUUGUGCAGAAUGUUUUCAUCGACACCCAUGACAUGCGUUUCCCUUGGGUGGCAUUUUUUGCUCAAAACAAUAUCAAGGCGGGAUCUGAAUUAACUUGGGACUACAUGUAUGAAGUCGGGAGUGUCAGAGACAAGUCUCUUUAUUGUUUAUGUGGCUCAAGUGGUUGCCGUGGGAGACUUCUCUAGCAUGACAACUUGUGUAAAUAUGUAAUCCUCAUCAGACACAUACACUUCGCUUUACAUAUUUUUAAUUAACGUAGGAUUUGUAUUUGAGUGCGCGGAAAUAUAUUG